AGCUCUGGCGUGGAAUGGCCAUCUGAACCGCGCUACGUGUGACAGCGAGCGUUUGUGAGGAAGAAGCCAACUUUAUGUCAGUCUUGGAUGAGCUUAGUGAGCACCUGGCCUCGCACUUAAAUAGGGCACUUGGCAAUGCAGGAAGAGAUCCAUGUCAACAGACUCCAAACCACCUCGGUCGGCAGGUCCGCCUCUACUGUGAAGACCCCUCCCAUCGCUACCGCUGAGCGGCCCUAUCCCUUCUUUCCCUACCUCCUUUCAUGCCCUUGCUGAUGUGGAAGGUGUCUCUGACUUUGUGCCUGCUGGCAGGCAUGAUGCUCUGCAGCGCCUUCAACGUGGUUCGAGCGCGGCCUUUCGGCCAAGAAGCCUCUCUCCCCGCAGAGCUUACCGCAGGAUCUGCAACGCAAUCUCUGGCUUUUCGCGACACGCCCGACGCUCUCAAUCGUGCUUCUGCAAAUGUCGAUAUUGCCUGCACGUCGAGCACGCCCCCAGAGGCGUCUCCUGCCCGACGGACCAUCAGCAGCUCCUCAGCGUUGCGACUGCAGCCUCGCCAAUCGCCUAGUCCCCUGGCAAAGAGCAGUUGGGUUGACCGUGAUGCUGUAAUGUGCCCAGGUUCGACAAAAUUUCCCAAAGGAAUACCGUGGCGGGACGACAAGUAUCGCAAAAAUUGUGGGACAAAAAUCGGCUACAAUUAUCGAGUGCCAGACCCAAAAGAUGUCAAUGGAGACCUUGUGACUGUCGCAACGGGGUGGAAGGCGAAUGGCAGGAAUACCCCUAAAAACCCUAUUGCUGGAGAAUGCGACCACCCGGUCGAACUGAACUUCUUCCGGCGAAUGUUGAUGGCGGAUUUGGUAGAAUAUAUGGUGAACUUUUCCAAGGAUCCCAACUUUGACACCAUGGACAAAGCGGAAAAAAAGUUCUGCGACGCGCUAGAAAAAGAUGCGUCGUCGGUAACCAAGAUCAGAAACGUACUGAAUGGCGUAGAAAACGUGUGGGGGCUUCCUGCAACCGUCAAUCAGUUGAAGGCAAACGCUACGGAGGCGCGGAUCAACGGAACGCGUCUGGUCUGGUAUGCAGAUCGAGUCAGUGACCGAGGAUCUUAUAACCAUAACAAGGCAGCUCCAGGGCUUAUCCAGUGAGUGACUAGGUCGUCUGGCCCCACGCAUCUGUCGACGCGCACUAAGCCAUGUCACUUGCUCUUCAGAUAUAUCGAGGAUCAAA